CAGGGCACCGAGGCUGAGGACACACAGAAACCUCUAGAGCCAUGUCCUGCUCGGAGCUGGGGGCCCAGUCCCUCCUCCUGGCAGCCUGGCCCCGGGCUCCGUAGCCCGAGCCUGGCCCAGUGACAGCCCUGGGAGGAUCUGGUGGUGGUCAGAGUGGUCCCGAGAGGCCCGAGGGGCCCACGGCAGGGAGGGCUGGGAGGGGUGUGGUGGGCAGGAAGCGGAAGCGUCAAGCAACCCCUAGCUGCAGUGGAGCACAGCACGAGAGUUCACUUCUCCACACGCCGCCGGCGCUGAGAGGCCCACGGACCCAUGGACCUGCCCCGCGCCCCGUGGCUCUGGACGCUGCUGGCCCUGCCCGGGGUCCUGGGCAGCAGUGGCCAGGACAGCCAGGGCUCCAGCACUGUCACCGUGGUCCUGCUGCUGCUGCUUCUACUACUGCUGGCCACUGGCCUGGCCCUGGCCUGGCGCCGCCUCAGCCGGGACUCCGGAGGCUACUACCACCCGGCCCGCCUGGGCGCGGCGCUGUGGGGCCGCACCCGCCGCCUGCUCUGGGCCAGCCCGCCAGGCCGCUGGCUCCGGGCCCGGGCCGAGUUCGAGCCGACCAAUGAAGACCUGGAGAGGGAGGAGGACGAGCAGGACCAGGACGUGGAGGACGGCAGCUCUGACGGGGGCCAGGAGGAGGCCGGACCCCUGGGAGAGGAGCAGGGGCGGGGAGAGCAGCCCGGCCCCCAGCGCGGCCCGGAGCCCGCGCAGGAGGCGCCCAGUGGCGGCGUGCAAGGGGGCCCGGGCCUCGGCCCCCAGGGCCCGGAGGGCUCCGCGGGCAGCGCCGAGGCCCUGCUGAGUGACCUGCACGCCUUUGCGGGCAGCGCGGCCUGGGACGACAGCGCCAGGGCCGCCGGGGGCCAGGGCCUCCACGUCACCGCGCUGUAGGGGCCGGCCCCGGGGUCACUCCCUUGUCACCGUGCCUCUGCCUCCCCAGCUGCUAUGACUGGACACUGACUGCCCUGGUCACCGACACCCCACGUGGAGGGCCUCAGACUGUCACUCCGCCCCCCGGUUUCGUCCCCAAGGCUGUGCACCCCCCCUCCUCCAGGAAGGCCACCCACCUGAAAUAAAACCCUUCCAGCCCUGA